GCACUGGCAGUCUCACUCAGUAUAAGUAAACCUAUAGCCUACCUGCCGCGACUCGAUCACAGGAAGUGGGUGGGACCCGGGGCCGAUAAGUAGCAACACGCGCUAGUUCAGAUCACUCGUACCGCGCGCAUCGUCCCUGUUGCGGCUCUGAUGUACGAGGAUGCCUGAUGGUGUUACAAGGUCAAAAGGAUCACGCUAGGGUUCCGGCGGCGCGGGCAUCACUUCGUUCCCCCUCUCCAUGUUCAAGCCACGGACCCCUCUGCGUACGGAAUGGUGAACGCCUCAUCCGAGGCCGCUGAGUAUGAGAAGCUGCUAUCCUACAUCGUCGCCUCCCAGAGAAUCGAAUUCCUUGCCGUCGCAAGCUUCACGCUCCUCAUUUAUGACUUUUUCAUCACUUUUGGCCAGGAAGUCAAGUAUUACUGGACGGGACCAUGGUCGCUGUCCCGCGUACUGUUUUUGUUGAACCGUUAUCUAUGCCCGGCCAUAUUGAUGGUUGGACUAGUCACCAUUUCCGGAGUUGAUCUGCCGUACUCCUACUGCGAAGCGGCCAUACGGGCCAUGUUCGUGAUGGACUAUGUAGCCCUGAGUGUCAUUCAAGGCAUCAUCGUUCUGAGGAUCUGGUAUAUGUUUUCGGAGAGACGCAUCGCACGUAUCUGCGUUGUCUGCGCCUAUGUCACAGCGAUCGCUGCCACCGCAACAGAAAUCGGAGUGCUCUUCCCCAGCAUCGUCCCGCAGGAGUCCAACAUCCUAGGGCUCACCUCUGACCACUGUACAGCGCCACCUGUGGGCAAGGUCUGGAGAAUCUACCUACCUAACCUUAUCCUCCACACGAUUCUCUUCGCCGCGACGACAUGGCCGGUCAUUCAACAAUGGGGCUCUACCUCGCCCUUGAUGUUUCGCCUUGUCAGAGAUGGAGGCAUUUUCUACAUUGCCGUGUUCGCCGCCUCAGCCUUCACGACUAUUGGUUCCCUCCGGCCGAAUGACCCUACUAUCAUCCUUCCUGCCGUAUUCUCAAACUUCCUCGUGGCCGUCUCCUCCGUCUCCGUCUCCCACCUGAUGUUCAGCAUCCGCUCGCUCGCCGCCGCGCUCUCCAUGGACUCCCUCACGCUCCUCAGCAGCGCGGAGCUCAGCCGCGUCCGCUGGAAGCGCGGCACGCACGACGGCGAGCUCAUCGUCGAGAUCGACACCGUCGAGCCCGAGCUCGAGAUGGGCGACCUCUACAACCCGCCGCAGCUCCCGCGCUCGCCGCGGCUGUACGCGACCAGGGUCGGCGUGUACAACGACGAGCUGCUGCCGGGCUUCCAUAAGCUCGGCCCGGACAAGACCAGGAGGAACAGGGCAUCGAGGGGGAGGACACUUUCUGUGCCGGGUGCGUGUACUCGACAUCUCGUGUUCUUCAUCAGGUUUUUGAGGCGAUCUACCACAGCUUCUCAACGUGUCUCGCAGCGAUGACCACUUGUACGAUAUUGUUCGGCCGCAUUGGGUGGAGACGCGUGUGUAAUCAGCGUGUUCCAAAGGACUGGGAGGACGGCGGCAUGUAAAACAGUUAUAACACUAUGAUACACAUACGAUACAACGCAUAGC